AUGAAAUCAUUGGGAGGUCAAAAGUCAUCGAUAAUGUUAGAACAAGUACCAUCAGUACUACGAAAGCUACGUGUUCGAAUUGAUUUUAUCGAUCGGCAAUCAAUUGAUGUGGAUGCUGUUGUUCAGGAUAGUCUUCCAGGUGGCCCUUGCAUUGGAACUGUUAUAGGUUGUCAUGGUGCACCUGGUUCACAUAAUGAUUUCAAAUACAUCGUACCAUACUUGCAUAAAUGUGGAAUUCGUUUUAUAGGCAUUAAUUUUCCAGGUCAAGGCUAUACUCCACAUUAUGAAGAAUUAAAUUAUACUAAUGAAGAGCGUAUGCAAUUUGUACAAAAAAUUAUCAAUUCAAUGGAUGUUGGUGAUAACAUUGUAUUCUUAGGUCAUAGUAGAGGAUCGGAAAAUGCUCUUCGAUUAGCUGCAAGAAAUCCGGAUCGAUGUAAAGGUGUUGCAUUAAUCAAUCCCAUAGGUGUUAAAGCUCAUCAUAGCAUUAAGUUUACAUGGCUAAUUAAUUUUGGAUUAUGGUCAUGGGAAACAUUCAAGAUAUUUCGUUUUAUUUUACGAUAUUUACUUUAUAAAAUAUUUCAAAUGUUGAAAAUGAAAGUGAAAAGUGGUGAUGAGGCGGCAAUUUGUCUUAAAUUAACGGCUAAUAUUGAUUUAAUUGGUCAAAUGAAUUAUAUCAAUAUGUUGAAUAAUAACAAAACAAAAGUUUUAAUAGCUUAUUCAACUGUUGAUCAUCUCAUUGAAAUAUCAGUUAGUCAACAUUUCGCAUCUCUUUUUGAUAAUAUUACUCAUAUGAAUUAUCCAUCAACAGAUGGAAAUACAUCAAUUCUGGAUUACAUUCCGGAACAGUAUGCUGAAUCAGAUCGAUCGUUUUCGGUGUGUUUCGAAAAUGGAGGCCAUUAUUUGCAAAAAUAUCAAGCAAAAUUCAUUGCUAAUUGUACUUAUUCAAUGCUAAUAGCAAAAAAUAGUAUGUAUCAAAAUGAUGAAAAUGUACUUAAAUCACGUUUAUAG